AUGAACAAUAACUCAAGUCAAGCUAAAAAUGAGGAUAGCUUUGAAUUCUCAACUAACUCUGAAGAACAAAACUUUUCAUCAGCUUAGAAACCUUUCUUCCUUUCUUCUCCAUCGACAUUACCUCUCUAGGGUAUUAGAAAGGUAAGUGAUGCUGCCCUAGAAUCUUCUGAGCUUUUUAUCUAAACUUCCUAACGUAGCAAGUAGAGUAGUCAGACCCUCGAAGAAACCGAGAACAAAAACAGCUAAAGUGAUUAAGGAGAUAACUUGUCCCUAUAAAAUAGCUUAUACCAUGAUGGAUAAUAAGAAAUAAAUGAAGUCCUGAUAAAAUCUAAAAAGUCUAAUGAAUCAAAGACCAAAACUCAAAAAGAUUCCAUUGUUGAAAGUGCAAAAAAGAGUUUAAAAAAUAAAAAAUCCCAAAAAGGAAAAACUCAAUAAAAAAUUGUUGAGAAAGACUUUGGAGAAGAUGGGGAUGACAACAAUGACUUUGAUGAAGAAACUUCAAGCCACUUAUAAAUAUCUAAUAAUAUAACUAAAAAAAAAAAAAUAAGAAAGGCUUGCAGAUUUAACUAUAUUGAGCACUACAUCAGCCACCAUUAGCUUUCCCACCGUAUAGAAACUGAUGAAAUAAUAUUUGAAAAUGAGUCUUUCAUUCCAACUAACUACUAACCAAAUUAAUAUUUUAAUGAUAACCCAAUCAGCUUCUUCACUCUUGUAAAUAUCCAUAAAAGAGUUUAAAGGACUGAGCAUAUUUUUAAUAACAAAAAGAAAAAUAAUGGUGCUACAGCAAGUAAAUCCUCUUCUCUUAAUUCAAAUAACAAAGGAUGUUUAACUACCAACUAAAGCUCUCAAUUAAUAAAAGAUCAGUAUUAAUCAUAGAACAUAAAAAGUACUUCAUCUUAAUCAAUUUUACAAGGAAGUUUUAAUUAGAACAAUAACAAUAAUACUAAUCAAUCCAUUAAACAAGUUUCUAAUAAAUAAAAUGGCAAGCUUAACUAGUCUGCCAAAAAAACCAGCAACAAUACUCAAUAAUAAACUCAAUCGUCAAAUAAUUCUAAUUUGCUAUCCAAGAAAAAAGACUAUGUUAAUAUCUACUUUGAAGACAGAACCCAUUUCUAGAAGAGUUCCUUAAAUUAAUUUAUUAAAAAAAUUAAAUCUCUUCCUGGUAAAGGAGCAUCUCUGUAUAGCGAAGCAAUAGAAGAUUUCAUACAACACAAAAUAUCUCUUUAAAAAACCGUUUCUUAUGAUCUUCUAGAAAACUUUAUUGAGGGAUUAGGUAAUUUCUAUUUUUUAAGAGUCUUCAAAUAAACUUCAACUGACUUAAUAAUUGAUCACUAUACAUUGUCUUCUUCUCUCAUUAGGCUUCUUGGUUUUGAAACUUCCACAUUUUGCUCUUAUGUUACUUCCCACGGAGUUCCUUACAUCCAUGAUGUUACUGGAAACUAUUUACAAUAUAUAGCUCGCUGCAUGAAAUCUUGGGUGCGCUCAAGUGAAAACACCACCAUUGAUGCUACACUUAUAUGCGCUGACUCUCUUAGGAUUGAGUGUUCAGAGAACAUUUAUACCCGUACAUUUCAUAAUGCUGAAAAAGAGGAGUACUAUUUAGUGGAAACUCAUGUUUUUCGUCCAAAAAAGAACGACAGUAAAGAUUACUUACUAUCAGAUGAAAGGAUUAACAUCUUCUAAUCCUCUUUUGAGCCGAUUUAAUAAAAGAACAACUAAUAAUAAUCAUAAUAAUCUCAAUAAAGCAAUUUAAUCAAUCUCAAUAGUGAAUCAAGACUAAAGCAAUUAGAUAAAACAUCUAAAAGAGCUAUAGAAAAUGGCUUAAAAGAAUAAAAUAAGAAUUUACUCUAUAAUGUUUUAGAAAAUAACAUUAAUGAUGCUAAUGAUUUACUUUCAUCACUGCUGUUAAAUCUUGCAAAGAAUUAAACUAAAAUUGAAUUUGAUGCCACUAAUUAAUCAUAAGUAAAUGAUAAUAAUGAUAAAUAUUUGCAACAAUUUAAAAAACUAAAUUCAAAGCGCAAAGUCUCUGAAUCCAUGCUAAUAAUUAAUAACAAUAAUGAAUUUGAUGAUUCAGAAAAAAAAAUAUAAAAGAAGCUUUGCAAAUACAGACUUAUUUGA